AUGGAAAAUCCAAAGAAUUACAAUGAAGAUGGAAUUUCGAAUUUUACCAAAAUGUUCACACUGUCAGACAAGAUUAGGUUUGCUUCAUCUGGUACCACCACAUUUGACCUAUACGAACCGCACAGCAAGAAGAAACCUUCUGCAUGCUGUGUUUGGACUGCACUGGCAAUCUACAUAAUGACGCUAACUCUAGGCCUGGGACUAUUAGCGCUUAAAGUCUUUAACAUGCAGGAGGAAAUACGCAAACUCCAAAGAGAAGACAACUCUCAUUUAGCAGAGGUACUGGUCAGCCCCUUCUACAAUGAAACUCUUCAGGAGAGAAGCUUUUACAGAAAGAACCCCAGAGGUGAAGAACCAUUGAUCGAAAGCUUAGAGGAGGAAAUCAACACCAUUAGGGUCAGCAACCACCAUUUAUGGAUGAGGAUGAACAAUAUCACACUGGCUGCAGGGCAACUUGGAAUCAAAGGAGAGCCUGGUCCUCCAGGAGGAAAAGGUGAGAAGGGAGACAUGGGUCUACGAGGACCAGCUGGAAGCAAAGGAGAACCAGGGUCACCAGGUAUUGGAUUUCCUGGGGAGAAAGGAGAGAAGGGUAAUCCUGGAGAAAAGGGUGCUGAGGGUCUUUCUGGCCCUGGGGGUACUCAGAAAGGGGAGAAAGGUUCAUCUGGAAAGGAUGGAACUCCAGGGAUACCUGGAGGAGUAGGAGCUCCAGGUGCCAAAGGAGACACGGGAGAAGCAGGAAUAGAAGGACCAAAGGGGACAAAAGGAGACCAAGGUUUAAGAGGACCACCGGGUGAAGAUGGAAGUAAAGGGGACAGGGGCCUCGCUGGUCCAAAAGGUGAACCAGGAAUGAAAGGGGAUAGGGGGCCUACAGGUCUUCAAGGAAGUAAAGGUGAAGUGGGUGAGAAGGGAGAGAUGGGCCCCAAAGGACCAACUAAUGCUCCUGGAAACAAGGGAGAUGCAGGUAGAGUGGGUGCACCAGGGCUUCCAGGGCAGAAAGGAGAGGCAGGUAAGCCAGUCAAAAAGAAAAGCAUUCCAGGAGCAAAGGGAGAACAGGGAGAUUCAGGGUCUAGAGGCCAAUAUGAUGAAAGCAGGCGGUAUUUUGGCAUUCCAGGUCCAAAAGGUGAACCAGGAAUGAAAGGCACCAAAGGAGACAUGGGACCUAGAGGACUGCCAGGGAGCAAAGGUGACAGGGGUGAACCAGCACCUAAUCCAUCAGUGGAAAUCUACUCCGACUCCAAGAUAAGGCUCGUUGGAACAGCUAAGAAGGGCCGUGUUGAAAUUCUGUACAAAGGGAAGUGGGGAACAAUAUGUGAUGAUAAAUGGGACAAAAAAGAUGGAACCGUGGUCUGCAAAAUGCUGGGAUAUAGUCAUGCAGUUCGCGUCAUGACAACACCCGCAACACUCACCUUCCAAAAAGAUUCUCAUCCCAUUUGGCUUGAUAACGUGGAGUGCAGUGGAACAGAAGCCUCCAUUUUUGACUGUGAAAAAACCGACUGGGGGGAACACAACUGCAGCCACAGCGAAGAUGCUGGGGUGGAAUGUGCCUAA